CUGGGGGAUAAGAGGCUGGAGCAGCCCCUGAAGGAGAGACAGACAGGGACCUCGCAGCUCCACAGACACCCAGGAACCGCUCCUUCCCCUGGCACGGAGUCACCCCAGGUGUCCCUCGCAGGGUCCCGCUGGAAGCUGUGAAGGCCCAUCCCGGCCAGCGAUGCUGAUCCUGAGCUGUUCCUCCAAGCUGCGGCUGCUGGAGGGGAUGCUACGGCGGGACCUGCCUGACACGCUGCUGGUCUACGGCGCUGUGAUGCAUGUGAACCGCGGGAACCCGGCUGGCCAGGAGGUGCUGGUGGAUUCAUGGCCAGAGUUCAAAACAGUCCUGACCCGGCCACGCAGAGAAGUGGCGUGGGACCCAAGUGAUUAUUUCACCAACUUGUACACGGCCUUCUACCGGGACAAGGGCGCCUGCCGGGCCCUGCUGGAGAACAGCCGCGCCGUGGACUGGGGCCAGGCCUUCCAGAUACAGGGGCUGCAGGACGGGGUAUACGAGACAAUCAGGGACAUCGCCAGGACCAGGGGGCUUGAGAUGGAGACAUAUCUGUACCGGCCGCUGCUGCACCCAGACCCGCCCGCCAUGCCCCAGUACCGGCCUGACAAGGGGCUCAGGCUGGCCCCCGUGUCCCCCGCCCACGCCACGCUGCUCAGAGACACCUGGAUGUUUAGGGGGAAUAGCUUGAGCCUGCGGUACCUGUGCCUCCUGAUCCGCCACUUCCCCAAUGCCUGCCUGCUGGGCCCUGAGGGGACCCCCAUCUCCUGGUGCCUCACCGACCAGCUGGUUGCCCUGACGCACGGUUACACCCUCCCGGAGCAUCGCGGCCAGCAAUACAUGAGGUCUGUGGUGGGGACGCUGUCGGCACAGUUGCAUGCCCGCGGCUUUCCUGUUUACACCGGGGUGCUGCCCCACAACGAGCCUUCGUUGCACUCCCUGCAACGCCUCGGCUUCCGCAUCCUGCCUGGGGUGUUCUACCAGCUGAUGGUGAGGCCUGGGUUCACCCAGUCCCAGCCAGCCAGUGCCCUGGACUCGGCCCAGGACCCUGCGCCCAGCUCUGGGGAAUGGCCACACACACAUAGCACAUAGCAUGGGGGGAGGGGAGAGGAGGAGAAGGGGACAUGGCCUAGGGCCCUGCGCACAGCUCUGGGGGACAGCCAUGGUCUGCCAGCACGUAGCCCUCGGGGAGGGGAUGAGACAGGGACACAGCCCAGCCAUGCCCAGGGACCUUCCACCCCCGAGAAGGGGACACAUUGACCAGCCACCAGGGAGCUCAGCUGUCAGCCCUUGGGAAGCCAGGGCCUGGUGGAGGAGACUAGCUCAUGCUCCAUUAUUCCCUGGAGCAGGGCAGAGUCUCAGUAGGGGGCGCUCUCCCCGGCAGUCAGUGCUGGCCCCAAAGGGAGCAGGGUGAGGGCUCAGUAGGGGGCGCUCUCCCACUCCCUUCCCCAGGCAGUUUGUUGCUCGGCUGGGGCUGUGGUUGCGGUUGCGGGUUCCCUUUCCAGGACCUGUGCCUGGUCUUGCCAGAACUUUGGUGCAAGCUCCUUUGGAUUCCGACCACAGGUCCCAGCUGUGGCCCACCGCUUACCUCCCCUGUGGUGAUAGGGGGCAGGUGCUGGCCUUGCACGGUUGCUCCAGGACCAGCAGGCAGCUAGAAAGCCAGGCCAGGGCUUGUGUUGAUGAUGGUGCACUACACGUGGGAGGAGAGCAGCCAUAGGACCCCACCAUAGAGCCCUGCUGGGCCCAAACACAGGGAGGAGCAUCCGCUUUUUUCCCUUCCCCCCAGAAUGAACGUCCUCUGCCCUGGGCAGGGGACUUGGGACUGACCUGCCCCCUGCCAGCCCCAGUGCACAGGCUGCUCCUCCCCAUGUAGCAGACCCAGUGAGCCGUUGGGUUGGGGGGAGGGGACCCCACACACAGCAGACAUGGCAGGUUCUCCUCCCCCUUGCUGGUAGGUCAGUAGCCGUGUGGAGAGGGGGUGGGGCACUCCGGCUCCUUGCAGGCCCCAGGGACACCCAUCCCCUUCCUCUCAGGGGGUGGGACAAAAAGUGAAUUUUCUGUAAUAGUUUUGAUGCCCGCGUGCCUCAGUUUCCCACUGUACUAGUAAUGUCUGCCCAGUGGGUGCCAAAGAGUUAAAAAGCCUCUCCUGGGGCAGAGCAGGGCCAGGAGGGGGAGUGUCACAUGGCUGGGGGCAGAAACUGGGCGUUCAGGAUCAAAACCAGCCCAGAGCAACGGAGGCACCACAAAGAAGAGGAGUUGGCGUUCGGUGGGACUCAGGAGCUCCCGGCUAGGACUGAAAGAGAUGGAGACGGGAUCCAUGUUUGGCUCUUCAGCAACUUGGCUGGGUGGAGCCCUGGCCUUGUCUUCACCUUCACUUCUCUCUGCUGCCCAGGGACCUCCCAGGCCGGGUUCCAGGGGCCCAAUAAACCGUGUGCUAUGUGGAAAA